AAAACCGAGUGUGUACGGAAACGACCGAAAGGCAUACUGAUAUAACUGGGGUUAGUGCGUAGAUUUGAUAGUGCUCGGUCUUCUGUGGACGGACGGUUUGGCCAGCCAAGAUUGUCUAAAGUGAAAGAAAAAACAACUGGAUGAUGAGUUAUCAAAGACAGAAUAUGAAGUGUCUUAAAAUAUUGUCUGUUACCGUCGCGCUGUUGAUAGCGCAUAGCGCUGCUAUUAUAAGAAUUCCCCUCCACAAGACGCGCAGUAUGCGCCGACUAAUGAACGACAAUGGGAUGAGUUUUGAACAACUCCAGGACAUGGCCAAGACCGUUGGUGGUGCAGGAGCUGACACACUAACACCCUUACCAGCAACCACUCAGAGCCAGAAAGUGCCAGUUGAGAGACUCACCAACUUCAUGGAUGCUCAGUACUAUGGGGUGAUCAGCAUAGGCACACCACCCCAGGACUUUACUGUGCUGUUUGACACCGGCUCCUCCAACCUGUGGGUGCCCUCGAUUCACUGCUCCUUCCUGGAUGUUGCAUGCUGGCUCCACCAUCGUUAUAACUCCAAGAAGUCGAGCACGUACGUUCAGAAUGGCACCAAAUUCUCCAUCCAGUAUGGCAGAGGCAGCUUGUCUGGGUUCAUCAGUGGGGACACUGUCUCUUUGGCUGGCAUGCAGGUCACUGGUCAACAGUUUGGUGAGGCCGUGAAGCAACCUGGCAUCACGUUUGCAGUGGCACGCUUUGACGGGGUGCUGGGCAUGGGCUACCCUACCAUAUCUGUCGACAAGAUAACCCCUGUGUUUGACACCGCCAUGGCUGCCAAGCUGUUGCCUCAGAACAUAUUUUCCUUCUAUAUUAGCAGGGAGCCAUUUGCUGCUGUAGGAGGAGAGCUGAUGCUGGGAGGCACGGACCCACUGUACUACACUGGAGACCUGCACUAUGUCAAUGUCACACGCAAGGCCUAUUGGCAGAUUGAGAUGAGCAGUGUGGAAGUGGGAAACCAGCUGACGUUGUGCAAGGCCGGUUGCCAGGCGAUUGUUGAUACGGGAACGUCCCUCAUCACCGGGCCUGCGGAGGAGGUCCGGGCGCUGCAAAAAGCCAUCGGAGCCUUGCCUCUACUGAUGGGAGAGUAUUGGAUUGACUGCAAGAAGGUUUCCUCUCUACCUGUCAUCAUAUUCAACCUGGGAGGAAAGAUGUUUAACUUGACUGGAGACGACUAUAUCAUAAUGGAGUCCCAGAUGGGUCAGAAAAUCUGUCUGUCAGGCUUCAUGGCCAUGAACAUCCCUCCUCCGGCUGGACCUUUGUGGAUCCUGGGAGAUGUGUUCAUUGGACGCUACUACAGCGUGUUUGAUAGAGAUGCAGACCGCGUGGGGUUUGCCCCUGCCAAGUAGAGGGGAGAAGCCACAAACAACCCCUAGCCACUUGUGGAGAUCUGAAAGGAUUUGAUGGGUAUAAGCAAUAUAGUGGUCCUACCAAACAAAGGUGGAGCUAAUACCUAUCAAAUCCCCACAGAUCAUGCUGAAUUAUAGAAGGAAAUGCACACCACAAAUGAACAAAACUCCCAAAAAGAAACUUGUCUUUGCCUAUUUUGUCUUUUUUGGGGGGGGGGCUGGCUACGUUUUUUUUUAACUUCUUGAAACUCCCCAUCCCGGAUCCGGGUUUGUGACUAAAGCCUCAGGCUCAUUAGCAUAACGCAACGUUAACGAUUUCUGAAAAUCGCAAAUAAAAUGAAAAUAAUG